AUGUUUUAUAGUGCAAGAAUCGGAGAUAAAGCACGUCUAGCAUUAUGUGACCUGGCAAUCAAUAAAAUGCUCACCCAACUCGUGGUUAUUUUUCCAAGACACGAACACCAUCCGACCCAAUUUAAACAAUGGAAUCUUACAGACGAUAUCGAUUCCGAGUCUUUCGCCGAGCAGGAUGGAGAACACGAGCUUAUAUUGCUUCCAUCGGAAAAAAUAAU